UACUCAACUGAAACGUUCAGGCCAAUGUACGUAAAUACCCAUGUAAGGAAAUGUGAUAUGCACAUUCACACAAUUCAUGUUCACCUUCCUGGUACAAAGUACAUGUUUCAUGAAUGAGGUAUGUCUCGUCAUUCCAGUCCAUCACCUCUCCUACUUCUAUUAAUGGCCAACGCAGUACUCGCUUUCGGGGAUAACCAAACGACAACAACAAAUGAAGACCAGCUGACGGAAAAAAACAACCGACGAAUAUUCAAUACUAUUAUGAAGAGAAGUAAACAGAUACCACCACAUCGGCAACCUACCUCCAACCAUAUGAGCCAUCUCCUUGGAUACAGUGGUUUUGCCAAUUCUACUCACAUCACGAGAGGCAACAAGACAUGUCUGAGGAUCCAUUGUGUUGAAAACCAUUACGUCAGAUCAUGCGACUUUGAUGGCGGGAACGACACGUGUGUACGGUGCGCACAGGGAACAUUUCUCGCUGAUAACACCUCAUCACAACAAUUCAACCAUGAAUGUGUGACCUAUCCAGAGUGUUUUCCAGAUGCAACCAGAAGUCUGUAUCCUAACUAUUGUGCUGGUCAGCACUUGAUGUACUGCAAGUGUGACGUAACUCGAAACUUCUGUGGCCAUGAUCCGUGCAAAUGUACAUAUGGGAAUUGUCCCUACUCCGCUCCAGUGUUACGUGUUAACUGUGGCUGUGACAGACGCUCAACGACGUCGACACCGACAACAACGACGACGACGAAAAUUACAACUACAACAGAAGAAAUGUCUUCAAUUAAAUCUACAAAAAUGCCAAAUGUUUCAAGUACUCCAGUUCAUUCGAGUCCGCAGACGACAAUGGAGCAAACUUCCUUGACAACAACAAGACAGACGACAAUCAAACCGGGCGGUGAUGAAGAAGAUACCGGGAGGAAUUAUUGCCGUCAUUGUUAUAGUGAUAUUGGUGUGUGUUGGUUUUUGUGUUGGUGUUGGCGUUGUUUUCGUGAUUCGGUAUAAAAGGAACCAAAAAUCAGGUAUCUACUCUCCAGCUGGGUCUAACAAUGAUGAAACAGAUUCUGGUGACGAUGGUUUGUAAGAUACCAGCUGCACACACACACACACAGGAUUUAACUUGCCGUGACUAGAAUAGAUUGAAAUAUCAUCGUUGUUAUAUUUGUAAUGAGCCAAAAAAUGUAUCAUGCUUUUUCAAAUUUUUAUAAUUUGUCUUUAUUUUUUUUGUCGUAUUAACGGAAACAAAAAGGCACGCUUAUCCAGCAAUCCGUAGUCCACAGUACAUUGUUGUAAAAAAGUUCA